AUGGCUGCCUUUGACCUAAGGUCCGCUUCGCUGCAUCUAUCUCAGUAUAUAGAGACAAGCAGCUCCUACCAAAACACGAAGACGCUCCUGCGUUUCUACGAUCCUUCUGUCUGUGAUAAUUGUUCCUCCCAACACGAAGAUCCUGCAGAUGGCAUGGUUGUGCUUGCUCGUCGCUCUGUUGAUGACACCAAGGGUGCGAUGCUCAUUCAAAACUUGGCUGCAAAAGAACCUGUGGCGCUUGGUUUACGCACUUACUAUAAGCAGCAUUAUCUCUCAUUGGCUGCAGCUGCAGCUACAAUCAAAUGCGGGAUAGAGGCGGAAAAGGGUGUGGUAGUCACGAACCACUCACUGACUGUAACUUCUAAUGGAUCGUUUCAUCACACGAAUGUCGAUGCAACUAGUGUUNANAAUCUGGAAAUCAUUGAUCCAUUCCNUAAUGCUCUUUUGGGCACUAGCAACAAAAAGAGGAGUUUGUUCCAGAUGUUCAAGACAACAAAAACCGUCGGCGGGUAUCUAGAAUUUGCUUCUUCUUUCUUCUUCCUUAGGACUGAGAUUACUAACAGAGACCUCUCUGAUGAGUUGAUGAGCUAUGAACAACUGUUCUUUGGCCUGACACAGGUUUUACGUAAAUUUCCAAAAGAGACAGAUCAUCUCAAAAGAUUAUACACAACUUUUCAGAUAGAGUUCUUUGUCAUUUCUGCUUCAAGCCAAAGAAAGUCACAGAUGCGGUCCACCAAGGUUUUGACAAUACCAGAAGGAGAUUUCAAGCAUUAUCUUACUUUAGACUGCAUUGGAUGCUUUGCCCCUGCUUGCUAA